AUGUCAUUGUCACUGGAGUUAUUUAAUGUCACUCAACGUUACUUUAAACAAUCUAAAAUUAAGUCAUUCGUCAUACCAUUACCCAGUGUUGACAAAUCAACUGUAGAUUUGCGUAUCGUUUUCUGUAACAUAUUAUCGUCUGUGAAUAAGCACAUGAAGAUUAAACACAUAAACAUAGAUAAGCAUAAACAUAUAGACAUAUUGUUUGAGAUAUUUAGACGAUCGUGUCUCCCAGAUUUCGUGGGUUUAUUGGUUAUAUAUGGCAUAACAUCCAAGACGCAACUAGAUGUACAAGAUAAUUUAGAUAUUUUAUACUCUUUUCGAAACCAAAACAUAAAAGAUAUCAUACCAAAUGAAACCUGCGACAAGGAAAUUAAGGUUAUUAAUAGCAAACCCAUAGCUUUGGGUUUGGUGGAACUGUUGGAUCAAGAUGAACAUUGUUUGAAACUGAUUUGGGUGGAUGAUCAAUUCGAUCGUCUAGAUCCUAAUCUCAGUAGAAUGGUCACUCUACGUACUAUCGCACAUGCCUUUGACUAUAUUUAUCCUAAGCCACACAAUGCUGGAUCUAGGUCUAGAAACAAUAAUAGUUCCCGUAACCGUCAAAAACACAUAUCUUUCCUGGAAAGUCAUGGCAAGUUAUAUCCAAAAUCGGUAUACUACUUUCUCACGGAUAUAAGCAUUGACUCAAGUCUCAAAUUUGGAAUGCACUAUGAAACAUUAGAAGAUGGAGGAUCGCAUGAGGAUUAUGCAUCAACAUCAAUCCAGUGCAAAUGUUACAAGUUUGCCGAUAAACCCAAUGCCUUCAUGUUUUGGGGUAUUUCCGAGUCUAGACUUAAGAAUGUGUGGAAUCUGAAUAGGAGCAAAAUUGUACCCACAACGACCCCUAAUGAAGAAGUUGUUAAAUUAGCAUGCGAUAUUUCCAUGAGGCAUGUGACACUUGUUAAUGAAUUGUCAAUGGCAUAA